AUGCAGGCGGAUACGUUAACUCAUCAUACCAAAGCUUUCUUUCGUCAGUUCAACAAUAGGCCAUGGCUUGGGAAGCACAGCCGGUCCACCCGGUAUCGGAACUGCAUCUGCACCUACAUCCACAAUGUCCACACAAACCUGGAUAUGACUUCCAGCAGUUCCCUUGCGGGGUGCAUAUUGUUGGACUUCAUCACCCGGCACUUCCUCAGGAUUCGUUAA